UGUUCCUCUAAGUCAUUCAAGCUGUACUCGCCAAAGGAGCCCCCAAACGGCAACGCCUUCCCCCCUUUCCACCCAGGCACCAUGCUGGAUCGAGAUGUGGGACCUACACCCAUGUACCCACCAACGUACCUGGAGCCUGGAAUCGGGAGGCACACGCCGUACGGGAACCAGACUGACUACAGGAUAUUUGAGCUCAACAAGCGGCUGCAGAACUGGACAGAGGAAUGUGACAAUCUGUGGUGGGACGCCUUCACCACGGAGUUCUUUGAGGAUGAUGCCAUGUUAACAAUCACUUUCUGCUUGGAGGAUGGACCAAAGAGAUACACGAUCGGCCGGACUCUGAUUCCCCGUUACUUCCGCAGCAUCUUUGAAGGGGGUGCCACAGAGCUCUACUACGUGCUCAAGCACCCCAAGGAGUCCUUCCACAACAACUUCGUCUCGCUGGACUGUGACCAGUGCACCAUGGUCACCCAGCAUGGCAAGCCCAUGUUCACCCAGGUGUGUGUGGAGGGGCGGCUUUACCUGGAGUUCAUGUUUGACGACAUGAUGAGGAUAAAGACGUGGCAUUUCAGCAUCCGCCAGCAUCGAGAGCUCAUCCCCCGCAGCAUCCUCGCCAUGCAUGCACAGGACCCCCAGAUGCUGGACCAGUUAUCCAAGAACAUUACCCGCUGUGGGCUCUCAAACUCGACACUCAACUACCUCCGACUCUGUGUAAUCCUAGAACCAAUGCAGGAGCUCAUGUCACGGCACAAGACCUACAGCCUCAGUCCCCGGGACUGCCUCAAGACUUGCCUCUUCCAGAAGUGGCAGCGGAUGGUCGCUCCACCCAGCUGUCUCCUGUGCUGCCCAUGGGGAGAGGAGGCUAGGGCCCUGUGGCUGGGGAGAGGAGCUGCGGUAUUGGGCGGGGGGCGUCUGGCGGCCCGGGCUCCCCCCACCUCGAUUAUGUUUCGGGACCGUCUCCCCUUUCAGGAUGUGAUGGUGGUAGGUGAGCCCACACUGAUGGGGGGGGAGUUUGGGGACGAGGACGAACGGCUCAUCACUCGGCUGGAGAACACGCAGUUCGACGCCGCCAACGGCAUCGAC